AAAGUGUGUAAAAAAAUUAAAACAUUUAGUUUUGUUUCAAACAAAUAGUCGGCGAAAGUGUUGUCACAAUAAAUGAGUUGUAUUUGUGUUUUGGACGCAAAAUAACACGUGUUUUGAAGUGAGAUCUUAACACAAAAAUCAGUGAAAAGUUUGAUUGAAAACUAAUCCAAAGGACAAUCAGUCGAGCGAUGAGUCGGGGUUUCGGCGGUCGUGGAGGCGGUGGCCGAGGGUUUGGCGGCGGAGGCGGCGGUGGGUUUCGCGGAGGCAGUGGUGGCGGCGGUCGAGGGUUUGGCGGCAGAGGUGGCGGACGCGGCGGCGGUCGGGGCGGAGGUUUCGGCGGCGGUGGCGGACGCUUCGACACCGGCCCACCCGAGUUUGUCAAAGAGUUUGGUCUUUACACUCAUGAGUGCCAAAACCAAUUGGUUAUUAAGGCGGGCGUAGAAGAGGUGCCCUUUUUUAAUGCUCCCAUUUAUACCGAAAACAAACAACAGGUCGGAAAAGUGGACGAAAUCUUCGGAUCAAUUAGAGAUUACUCAAUAUCAGUGACACUAAUGGAGAACAUGAAGGCGUCUUCGUUUCCAAUCCAACAAAAGUUUUAUAUCGAUCCGCAAAAGCUGUUACCACUGCAGAGGUUUCUGCCCAACGCUUCCGGAAAGACUGGUGGAGGCAGAGGUGGCGGAAGAGGUCGCGGCGGUAGAGGCGGUGGUCGCGGAGGUGGAGGAAGAGGAGGCUUCGGCGGCGGCCGAGGAGGCGGUGGACGAGGCUUUGGCGGCGGCGGAGGCCGUGGUUUUGGUGGCGGUCGCGGAGGCGGCGGUGGAAGAGGUUUCGGCGGAGGCGGUGGCGGACGAAGCUUUGGCGGCGGCCGAGGGGGUGGGGGUUUCAGACGA